AUGAACAGCUGCGUGAGCCUGUGCGUACUGAUGGCGGUCCUGGCGGCAGGUGCCCUGGCUCAGCCCGCACCUCCGGCAGAUCCCGUGGGACCCGGGGUGCAUCAGGCAGAGGAAGCGCCCCGGAGGCCGCUGAGGGCUGUGCAGAGGGUGGACGGUGAGCCCAGAGCGCACCUGGGAGCUCUGCUGGCCAGAUAUAUCCAACAGGCCCGGAAAGUUCCCUCUGGCCGGAUGUCCAUCAUGAAGAACCUGCAGGGCCUGGAUCCCAGCCACAGGAUAAGUGACCGGGACUACAUGGGCUGGAUGGAUUUUGGUCGCCGCAGUGCUGAGGAGUAUGAGUAUCCAUCUUAG